UCUGAUUCUUCUUCUCUCUCUUUGUCUCUGCUCACUCCUCCCAUUUUUUUUUCUCCACAGAAAUUGUAUUUAUUUCCUUCACCUCCAUAUUCUUGGCAAAAUUCUUGAAACUUUUGUUGCAAUGGGUAAGAUCCGACCCGGACCGGAUCCAAAAGCGGCAUUGGUCUCAGAGAUUUGUUCACUGUCCAGAUCACCAAUCUCUUGCAUUCAUAUCAAUCGUAACUCCGGUUCAUGUUUCAUCGACUGGUAUCUCAUUCUCGGUAUCGAGGAAGAUGCAGAUGUCAAGCUCAUACGUAAACGAUAUCACAAAUUAGCUUUGAAGAUUCAUCCCGAUAAAAACAAUCACCCCAAAGCAGAUAUUGCUUUUAAGCUCAUCCACGAGGCUUAUUUAUGUCUUUCAGACGAAACAAAGAGAAGAUGUUUCAACACGGACCGACGAAGGAACAUCUGUCUGAAAUGUAGCCGAGUCUCACACAAAACCAAAGAAAUCCGAACCGAUACUAAACCGAACCGGUUCUGUCAAACCUUCAGAGACAUUAGGGAUAAGUUCAGAGAAGAGAACAAGGUGAUAGAGAGAUGUCUAAAGACCAACAACAGUGCAAGUUUCACGGGGAACCGAACCACCGGGAAAACCCCGGUUUUUGGUGUACCAAACAAAAACCGGUUUAAUAAAGAGUCGCCGGUUUUUAAUCCAUCGGAUUACAGGUUAUGGGGUUAUCCACAUGUGAGAAAUCGAGUGUUGGACAACAACUGGUCGGAUUGGAGGGUGUUGAUGAGAAGCAGAUCCACUUGUGUUCACUCAUCGUGAUGAUUUUGCUUUUAUUUCGUUU